AUGUUAUUUUAUCUAACCACCUUGAAUUUGGCAAGGUUUUUGAGAGAAAAUGCUCUAUCUCUUAGUGAGAAUGAAAGUGAUGUACAAGUUGUUGCAAUAGUGGAUGCGUGGAAACAUGCAGAUUUUCUCUGCAGGAACUAUAUUCUCAAUCAGUUGGAUAACACAUUAUACAAUGUGUAUAGUCCAAUCAAGACUACAAACGUAUUAUGGGAUUCGCUUGAUCACAAAUAUAAAACAGAAGAUGUCAGAACAAAGAAAUUUAUUGUCAGUUACUUCCUUGAUUUUAAGAUGGCAGAUUCCAAAACAGUGAUCAAUCAAGUCCAAGAACUUCAAGUUAUCCUACAUGAAAUUCAUGCAGAAGGAAUGUCUCUAAGAGAAUCUUUUCAAGUGGCGGUGAUUAUUGAAAAAUUACCACUGACUUGGGGGGAUUUCAAAAACUAUUUAAAACAUAAAUGCAAAGAGAUGUCACUAGAUGAUUUGAUUGUUCGCUUGCGGAUUGAAGAGGAUAAUCGUGGUUUUGAAAAGAAAAAUGGACAUCAUUUCAUGGAAUCCAAGGCAAACAUUGUGGAACAUAAGCCAAAGUUCAACAAUAAGAAAAGGAAGCAUCCCGGAAGGUGCUCCUGGCAAGGUGUUAAAAGUGGAGAUAGUCAGAAUUUUAAUGGCAAGUGCUUUUUGUGUGACAAAAUGGGACAUCGUGCCAAGGAUUGUUGCAAGAGGAGGACUCAAGGGAACUAUAAGAAAAAACCCACUCAAGCCAACUUAACAGAAGAAGAAAGUCUCUGUGCAAUGGUUUCGCACCUAAAGGUAUCUGGUGUCGUGUAUGAAGUCAAUUUGGUGGACAACCGCAAAGCAUGGUAG